AGACAGGGAGGGGGGAAGGAAGAAGUGUAAGCCCCGGAUCCAUCUUCAAGAGAAAAUAGGAAAGAAACCGCGUCCCAGUUUUAUUUCGUUUUAGGCGGCAUCUUUCGGUAUAAUACGUGUUAGGGAGCCCAAGGAAGGGGCUGUGUCAUUGACUGUAGGAUGUCCCGACAUGAAGGUGUGAGCUGUGACGCGUGUUUAAAAGGGAACUUCAGAGGGCGCCGAUACAAGUGUUUAAUUUGCUACGACUACGAUCUGUGUGCGUCGUGCUACGAGAGUGGAGCCACCACAACUAGACAUACAACGGAGCACCCCAUGCAGUGCAUACUAACCAGGGUAGACUUUGACCUCUAUUAUGGUGGAGAGGCAUUUUCAGUAGAGCAACCCCAGUCGUUUACUUGUCCCUACUGUGGAAAAAUGGGUUACACAGAAACGUCUCUACAGGAGCACGUUUCCUCUGAACAUGCUGAGACCUCCACAGAGGUGAUCUGCCCAAUCUGUGCAGCUUUGCCUGGAGGCGACCCUAAUCAUGUCACAGAUGACUUUGCUGCUCAUCUCACACUUGAACACAGAGCACCUAGAGAUUUAGAUGAGACUAGUGGUGUGCGGCACGUGCGCCGGAUGUUCCACCCUGGCCGUGGGCUGGGUGGUCCACGAGCACGCAGGACUAACAUGCACUUUACCAGCAGCUCCACUGGGGGGCUUUCCUCUUCACAAAGCUCAUCCUACUCUCCAAGCAAUAGGGAAGCUAUGGACCCCAUAGCAGAGCUGCUGUCCCAGUUGUCAGGCGUGCGGCGCUCAGCGGGUGGACAGCUCAAUUCCUCAGGCCCGUCAGCCUCGCAGCUGCAGCAGUUGCAGAUGCAGCUGCAGCUGGAGAGACAGCAGGCACAGGCGGCCCGCCAGCAGCUGGAGACCGCACGCAAUGCCACACGCCAACGCAGUAACCCUAGCAACAUCAGUGCCAGUGUCCCACCCCCCAGCACCACCACAAACACAGCCAUGACAGAGAGCAACCCUCUGGCCUCCCACAGCUCACAGUUUCUCCUCACACGGUUGAACGAGCCAAAGAUGUCUGAGGUGGAGCGUCAGGCAUUGGAGAGCGAGCGUGCUGACCGCAGCCUGUUUGUCCAGGAGCUACUGCUGUCCACGCUGAUGCGUGAGGAGAGCUCAUCCUCAGAUGAGGAUGAACGGCGAGACUUCGCUGACUUUGGCGCAAUGGGCUGUGUGGACAUCAUGCCUUUGGACGUGGCACUGGAAAGCCUCAAUCUCAAAGAGAGCUCUGCAGGCAAAGAGCCUCCACCUCCUCCUCUUUGAUGAUAUCCCACCACCACGCAGACAAUGUCCUCUGUGCUGUAACUGCCAAUGAUGGUGGGCAAACACACAGCUCUGUUUGUUUGGUUUUUUGUUGUUUUGUUUUUAUUUGUUUUGGGUUUUUUUUUUUGUUUUUGUUUUUUUUGGAGAUUGUAAUUUCAGGUCUGUCACCUUUUUGUUACAUUGUAAAAAUCCAUUAAAGGAGAGCGAGUAUGAGAGGAAAAAACUAAACAAGUGUGUAAGAGUGAGUGAGAGAGACAGUGAGAGAAAGACAGAAAAAUAUAAAAUAUAUAUAUAAAAUAUAUAUAUAUUGACUUGAUAAUCAAUUCCACAUUACUAAAUUUUUUUUUCCUUUAGCAGGUCAGCGUAGGUAGCUGUGGCAGACAUCUGCUUCCUGUGUCUAACAAAAGGCUCUCCUUAUAAAUACUCCACAUUCAAAAACUGAAGAGGAAACUGAGUCCUUCUCUAAUGAAGCUGCUGUGUGUAUUUAUGAAUAUUAAUGAAUAAAAAGUGCUUGGAUGGUUUACCAUAACUACUGCAUGAGGUUAUUUGCAGCGUGCAUGAUUUUUAAUGACCUUGUCAUUAAAACGGCAAAAAAAUCCCAAAGCUUUCUUUAAUUUUUUAAAAGGGUUACUUGAACUGAAAUGUCUUUUGAAUGAAAUAUAGAAUUCAAAUUUGAGAGGUUUUUUUUUCCAUGUUUUUAUAAAAGGAAAGCAAAAGCGAAAUUGGAAUCUGCAGUAGCUUCAUAAGAAAACAAUGCAGUUCAGUUUUGUCUCUGAGCUCCAGGCUGCCCUUCUUUGAGCUAGCAGGCACCUCACCCUGAUAAAUUGAUGUAACCAAUGCUGCAAAAAAACAACAGUGAAACAAAUUUGUCAAGCUAACGUGAUGGAGGAUCUUUCUUUUUGCCAAGAAAUAAAUAAAAAGAUAAUCUCUACAGGCAAAAAGAGAACUUGCCUAUUAACAUUUUUUUUUUCUAGACGUUGAUGUUUUAGUGACAACUGUGUAAUCACCAGAUGUACUUUCUAACUUUUGCACCUGUACAGAACAGUUGGCUUCUCCAUGCUCAUCACACUCUGCUUUGCACCUCUGCUUCCAGUAGGCAACAGCUGCUGCUCUCACUGGAUCUCGGAGACGGAGUGCUGAUCUAGGGUUAUUGUUUGUGGUUAAAAUCACCAUUAAACAGGGGAAGUCUUCUCCUAGACCAGCACUGCAACUCAGAAGGUCUUUGAAUGCAGACCCAAAUAUCCCUUUUUCCUUUCUUUUAUCACUUUCUUCAGUUAAUGAAGGAGAGCUUAAGACUUGCCACAUUUCAGGCAUUGUUUGUGUUUUCCUUUUCAACUUCUUUUUUUAAAGAAUGACAUUCUGAUUUUUGCUCUGCUUAAAAAAUAGCACCUUCUAUUUAUUCAGGUUUUGAUUUUCUUUUUUUCCUCUUGAUUUUUAUUCAACCUUGUGAUUGAAUCAUGCCACUUCCAUGCCUAUACUCUUAUCCUCAAUGUAAAAUACAAUGAGAUGUAUAUUGAAUUGAAUUUGUGCGUUAACUUUCAUAAUGGUUCUAGGACAUGGGCAGACUUUCUUUUUUUAAUGUAAAUUUAGAAUACUACAAUAAAAAUGGCGCACAGCUUUUGAUGAAAAAUAA